AUGGUAACCUGCUUCGUCAAUGAGUAAUCAAUCUGUUUUAUAUUGAGAAACCAGUGUAAUAUUUAGUCAGAUAUUUUGCCAACAUGGAGGGUGUACGGUUGCGAAAACUCUUCGUCUUUAUAUUGGCGUUGUGUGUGAACCUUUCUUCCUGUGAAGGUCCUGAGCAAGGAAUAUUUACUGCAACGUUGACUGAGGUGAAUGAUUACGUUGGUAUAACCAAAAGCCUGUCAGAGGAGACUGAAAUAGGAAUUAGAGUGGACAGCUGCGCUGGUUCUGCAAAGUUUCAAAUAGAAUGGAUGGUUCGCUUCACAGAAUGCAACGAAGUAUACAAUCAGUUGAAGGAGAACUCAACCAACGCAUAUCUUGAGAGGUUCUUCUCAUCUAAUGGUGAUGAAGUGAUGUUUGCUUCUGAGAGCUAUAUUGUUAUACAGCGGAGUGAGGCAGCUGAUAGUGGGUACUGCUCAUCAAGCAGUACGCUCCUAGCGGAUGAGACUAAUUCAACCAGUUGGAGCUGUUACUCAACGAUUCCUAUCGCCCAUUGUAACUAUGUUGGACCACCAAUAACCACAAAAGCACCACCGACAAAAGCACCACCGACAAAAGCAAAAGAAGACAAACCAGCAAAGGAGGGUGAACCUGCUAAACCAGAUGAAGCUGAUAAAAUUAAAUUACGACGAGCUGCAAUUCUACCUGUAACAGAUGCUCCUAAGCCCACAGAGAAAGCGAAGGCAACAAAGGUCAAAGCUACUGAGGCUUCUAAAACUACCACUCCAUCAACUGAAGUGAUGAAAAACAGAGUAACAACAACAAAUGAUCGUGCAGGAAGGUUCUUGUUUAUUGUUCAUCUGAAACCAGAGAAACCUGAUAACAAGCUAGAAGUCAAAGUAUCAAUAAUGAUGAAAUCAAAGCAUGGUUACUUAUCUGCAACACAAAGACCCCUACUGAUUUUCUACGGCAUUAUGUGUGGUGUAUAUUCCAUCAUGGCGUUUUUGUGGCUCUUGAUGUUGGCAUGUCAGUGGCGAGAUCUCUUGAGAAUUCAGUUCUGGAUUGGUGGAGUCAUGCUGUUGGGUUUACUUGAGAAAGCAGUAUUUUAUGCAGAAUAUGAACAUCUCAACACAGACGGUACUUCCAUGCCAGGAGCAAUCAUCUUUGCUGAGCUGGUUUCUUGUUUGAAACGUUCUCUGGCUAGAAUGCUGGUUGUUAUCGUCAGCUUGGGAUAUGGUAUCACAAGACCUAGACUUGGCCGUGAUCUCCACUGGCUGAUGGGAGCAGGAAUGAUGUAUUUUAUCCUCAGCUCUAUUGAGGCCUGCCUUAGGGUCAAAGGAAGUGAGGAUCAUGCACUGAUCGCUAUCCUACCACUGGCCGUUCUGGAUGCUGUCAUCUGUUGGUGGGUGUUCAAAAGUUUGGUAGACACAACACGGACAUUGCGUCUGAGACGUAACAUGGUGAAGCUUUGGUUGUACAGACACUUUACCAACACUCUCAUCUUCUGCGUUCUGGCUGCGGUCAUCUUCCUCUUGUGGUCAACAAAAACACAUCGUUGGACAACAUGCAUCAAGAAGUGGCAUGAGUUAUGGCUAGAUGACGCUUACUGGCACGUCUUGUUCUGUGUGAUCUUGGUUGUGAUUGUGAUCAUCUUCAGACCUACAGCCAACAAUCAGCGCUAUGCCUUCUCUCCACUCACUGACCGUGGGGAUGAUGAGAGUGAAGAACCCAUGCUGAAUGAUGCAUUCGAGGGGGUGAAGAUGCGUAAUGUGAUUGGUAACCGUAAUGAGAGUCAAUCCAGCAAGCAUGAUGAUGAUCUGAAAUGGGUUGAGGAUAACAUCCCUGCUGCUGUAGCGGAUGCUGCCCUUGGUGCCUUUGACGACUCGGAAGAAGAACUUGUUACCAAUCUGGAGAGAAACAAGAUGGAGUAGAUAUCCUUCUGUAGGAUGAGUUUAUGUACCACCAAGGAAACUUGGGAUGAUUCUACGUACCACCAAGGAAACUUGUAAUUUGAACUCUUCAGCAAAAGUUCAACUAUUUGUUAAGCAUAAUGUGAAAGUUUUUCCCGUUAAAUUGGUUGACGCUUGUAAUGCAAACUGUAUCUUCAUGCUGCUUCAACGAUCAUGAAAAAAACAAAAAACUUCAUAACACAAGUUUUAGUCAACUUGUCAGUGUUUUCUUAUAACUGAAACUACACAAGAUAAAGCAUUCAUAUAUAUAUGUAUUUUUGUGUGCAAUGAGGACCUUGAUAUGCAGAGAAUAAACAAUGGUGUGCUCAUCGGAUGUUACUACAGAUUUGAGAUUGUUUAUGUUUUAUUGCCGUUGUUUUAGUUAAUUAGUGUUUGUUUGAAAAUAUAAAUCAUGGUUUCUCUAUUGUAGUUUUGUUCAUCCUUGUAUUGUAAUCGUACUGUUUUUAAAAUAAUCUCUUACGAUAGUAACGUUUGGAUUAGUAUUAGACAUAAAUCUUCUUGUAAGAGACUUUGCCUUUGAUUAGCUUAACCCUCCUACUGCUGUUAAAAUGUACCAUCAAUUUGGAAAGCAUUCAACUGUAUAGGUUGGGAGUAGUGGCAGAAAUGUGUGUGUAUUGUUUGGCAUCAUAUUACAGGCUGACACAGUGCGUCUUUCAUUCAAAACCACAGUACUUGGUACUAACUUAGUGGUUAUUAUGCGGGAUGAAUGAUAUUGAAUGGUCAUACAGUAGGAGGGUUGACUGCUGUAUUGAUGCAUGGUCAUACAGUAGGGGGGUUGACUGUGCUGUAUUGAUUCUUCAAUAUGAUAUCAAGUGACCUAUAGGUCACUUGAUAUCAUAUUGCAGAAUGAUGUACUGUCCCUAUCAUUAACAAUCACACUGGAUGAUAUUGAGUUCUCCAUAGAAGGGAGGUUUGAUAGGUUUCUCAAUUUAUUUGUCCAUGAAUAUUUAUUUCUUUGGUGAAAAACAAUGUUUGAAAGGGCGAUUUGUUGAAGGAAACCUCUUAUUACCUGAGCUUCAAGGUUGGUCACUAUUUUAAGAAAUGAAGUUGAUAAGGAUUAUGGUCAAGGGUUUUGUUUAUGAUAGGGGUGUCAUUUCUCCUACACCUCCAUGCUUAAUGUAAAACUUUCCUUUUGAAUAUCAGAAUCAAAGACAAAUACAUCUUCUGUGAAUCAGACAGAGGAAAUGUUUGUAACUCCACUGAUUUCACUUUCUACUUUAGGCUCAACAUUAAUUCUAGUGUAAAUAUUAAGAAGUGAGAUUGGGUGUGUCCGUAAUUUCUUGUACAUGUUUAUGGAGUAGGAAUAUUCUAGCAAUAAUUAAGACUAUUUUAUUUACAAUGUAAAGAUAAAAGAAAUUCUUUUUCUGAUAACACUUAAUGAAUACUUUUUUCAUUUGUAAAGUUCUAGUCAACUAUUAUAUUGCCUCAAAUCCUAUAAACUAUGUUAUUAUUUCUUGAUACAGUUUGUAUUAUCUAUUAUAUAAACAGCACCACAGUGUGAAAAAAAUGCCGCUUUUCAAUUUUGCAAAAAGUUGUAAUAAGACCAAUUCUCAAGAACUUAUCUACACAGCAAAGAAGAUAUAAUUGUGUUACGACAAAUGGGGGAUACAUCAAUAGAGCACCAUGCAAUGCUUCUAAACAAGGUUAAAAAGUCAGACACUUUUGUUCUGACCCCUAUUGUUCAGACACACCUAGUGUAUGUUUCUAACCCUAACCCUAGCAGGUAAACUAUGAGGGGGUUGUCCAAACUUAGGGGUGGCUGAAUAAAGAGUGGGGUCUCUACUUUGGUCCAAUUCCGAACAUGAGGCCAUUCAACCUUGCAUUUAUAUCGUGGGUCAUUUUGGUUAGUAAAGCAGCAAGCAAGAGCUUUUUGGAUGGCGUUUCAAAAAAAGGAAUGAUUGGUAGAAGCAAUGAUAAAAGCUCGUCUGUUCACAGUGAUUUGCUCGGUUUAGAAGUUGGGAUUUUGUUUUAAUGUAACAUAAAUUAACUAUUUGGUAGUGCUGGAUAAGAACAUUUCUCACAAAACUGAUUUCCUGUUCCUGCUAUCCAAUAAAAAGUCUCAUUUUGCUGCUUCCAAGAUUAUCAUUGUUAUCGGUUUAUUAAAAAACAUUAAAACUUCGCAGCCAAAGGCUGAAUUGAGUUUUUAAAAAAUACAGAGAUGUUGCUUACUCUCAUUUUGCUCUAAUAACUGCUUUUUCUUCCUAACUAAAAAAGAAAAACACUACUUUUUGAAAAUUUUGACUUUACAAAUAGUGUUUGGUGAAAUUGCCUCAACUGGCAAACUGUUGUAAAUACUUUGUAUCGGUUUUGUAUAUCAAUAAUAAAUAUUACACAGAAUCUAAGGGUGUUUGUUUACACCAAGUAGAGUCACAACUCGGAUUAUGAUUUACAUGUAGACAAAAACAAAUGGAAGGUACAAUUUGGAAAUAUUUCGUUCAUGAAUAGGUUUACUCCACCUUCUUUAACUGCAUCCUAAGGUUUUGAAGGUUUUGCUUGUAGAUUUUAAGAGGAAAAUAAGGCACCUUUUAGAACUAACAAUUUAGUGGUGGUUUUCUUUCCAGUUUGAGUUUUGAAUAAAAACUCAUUUCCAACCACCUAUUUUUAUGUUAAUGUCUGUUAAAAAAGAAAAAAAUAUUCUUCUGUUUUGAUUUAUUUAGUUUUACUAGACUGUGUUAAUCUGGCAUAGUUGAGCUUUCGGACCUGUUCACAAUCUAGUGUACUUAACACAGUAAUUGGCAUUAAAAAAAAAAAAAAAAAACGUUCAAUGCUGUUUGAGAUGUACACAGUUUGUUAUUUUAUCGUUCAUCAUGUUUAUGGCUUUUUACAAGUGUGACCUGCGACGAUGCACAGAAUGAAGUAGUAACAUAACCUGUCAACAAAUUAACAGCUGAUUUCUGAGUAAAUAUUUUGACAAUUUUACUUGCAUAUUGUGGUUGCAGUUCACAGUUACAUGUCAAACAAAAAGUAUCAAUGUCAUAUUUUUAAGACUUAAUUCAUUUGUAAAUUCCUAUUGUAUGAUGGAUAAUAUGGAAAUGUAUUCCAUGUUCCCUUACAUUGUAGGGCUGUCAUUCGUCAAAAUAAAUUGUAUGAUAAUUUUUUCUCCUUA